UUGCAGUGACACACCCGGAAGUGACGUCGGCGUCAAAAUAAGCACAUACAAGCAACAGUGUAGCGCAGGCCAGUUUAUCCUUGUUUUAAUCUUUGGGAAAUAAAAUACAACGAUGUCUUCGGAUUUUGAGACGUACGAGCAGGAUUUUGGGACCCUUACGGCGGAAAUAACCAACAAAAUCGGAAGGAUACCCAAAUUAGCCGCUGAGGAGAAGACACAGCUGGUUCUAAAUGUCGACAAACAGCUUGAAGAAGUCAGAGAGUUGCUGGAGCAGAUGGAUCUGGAGGUUCGAGAGAUCCCCAUUCAGAGCAGAGGCAUGUUCAACAGCCGUCUGAAGAGCUACAAGCAAGAGAUGGAAAAACUUGAGAAAGAUUUUAAAAGGUCACGUAUUGCCUACAGUGAUGAGGUGCGGAACGAGCUCCUGAGGGAGGACGGAGGCUCCUCUGAGACUCAGUUGAUAAAGUUACGUGAGGAGAGAGCACAUCUGUUGGACAACACAGAGAGUCUGGAAAGGUCAUCUCGGAGGCUGGACGCCGGCUACCAGAUAGCUGUGGAAACCGAGCAAAUUGGACAGGAGAUCCUCACCAACCUCGCCACUGACCGCGAAAAGAUCCAGAGGUCCCGAGAUCGGCUGAGAGAGACGGACGCUAACCUGGGCAAAAGCUCUCGGAUCCUGACCGGCAUGCUGAGAAGGUAAGAGGAAGGAUCAUUCAAAAUCGGAUCCUGGUCUUCAUCCUGGGCGCCAUCAUCCUCCUCACCAUCGUCUUGGCCCUCUAUUUCAAUUUGCGCGGGCACUGAUCUCCACUGACUGGCCCCGUGCAAGCGUGUGCGAGUGUGUACGAGAGGGUGUGUAAGAUUAAUAGUGACAAAAGCGUUGGGCUGGAGUAAUUAGGACAAAUUGUUCACAUGAAUCAUUCCUGGUGGGUAGUGACAGGGGGCCUCUGCUCUCUCUCUCUCGGAGCGGAGAGAACCACGGUCUCAUAUUUAUACCUAUUACUUUUAAAACCCUUUGUGGGAUCUCCACGUGACCCGGACCCGUAGAACAGCCCUGCGUGGAUGUGUGGACCACAGGAGCGUGAUGGAAGGAUGACAAUGUCAAAUGGAUGAAGAACAAGAUCAAGAACAUCAAUUCAUGUCAUAACCUGCUGUUUUAAUGUUUUGUUUUCAUUUGUUGGGGGUUGAAAACCAAUGUAGACUAGUAAAAUCCCAUCCAUCAGAUGUGUGUGUGACGUACACAAGGCAAAGCCCCCGGCACAGUACCGCUAAGCACACGGAGCAGAAUCACACAGCCCAAAGGUCACACGCCCGUUUCUCAGUCCCCCUUCAUCCAGGAUUAGUAGCUUCUCACGCUGUUCCUCUAAGGUCAGCAAAGACCUCGCAUGUGUUUAGUAAAACCAGCACGACCGCUUUGAACAAGGUAUCACCCGUGUCCACUUUUACCUUUACUAAUCAGAUCUGACAGCAUGAUAGUGUGUGUAGUUAACUGUACUAAUAAGAAAUGUAUUUAUUUGUCUCGUUUCAAAUGCUUGAUUGUACCGUGCUCUUCUGUAUGCUUUCUUCUAUUGAUUUUAAUUUUAGCCGUUGGUGAAUGACAUUAAAAAUAUAUCAUUUGUCUUUAC